GAAUUUCCGCCUUUGUCCGAUUGGGAUCACAAGCUCUUAUCGCAGCAGUUUACCGCAGCGUAUUGCUGGUUAUUCGAUGAACUUUGAACUGAGCCCAUAUUCAGAGACGGACAAAGCGCCAAGAUAACUUUACAUCGCUAAGAAUUAGGCGCAAGUUUAACACGAACAAUGGGAGCGACUACGCAGUUUUGUAUCUUUAUGUCUUUUAUAAUAUGGAUCGGAAUGGCAUCACAGUUAACAGAAGACAAUCAAUCUAACCCAGUUGUGUCUGUAGAAAACGGCCGCUUAAAAGGCAGCGUGUCGCGAGUGAAGGGGACUGAGCGGCUUGUCCACGAAUACCUCGGGAUCCCCUUUGCCAAACCCCCGCUGGGAUCGUUGAGGCUAUCCGCCCCGGAGCCCCCGGAGCCGUGGACUGGAGUCCGAGAUGCCACUCGUCACCCUGCCAUGUGAGCACGUAUACUGACUAGGGGGGU